CGCCCCCGCCCCGCCUCCGGUGUGCGAUGGGGGGGCGGACGGCGGGCAGAGCGGAGAGGAGAGCGGAGUCGCCACCUGAUCCCAUCCAGGCUCGGAGAGGAGAGCGAACCGGCGCUCGGCGCUCAGGGUCCCCGGCGCCCUGCGAUCCGCAUUGGAUUUCGGGACAAGGGUUUAGAGAUAGCGGCGACCACCCCAAACCCGGGUCGGAGGCAGAGCCCGCGGCGCCUCUCAGGAAUACUGGCCCUGCUACCAGAGCCCCAGGAGCCCCCAUGAGUGCUGGCGAAGGGAGUCCUGGAUAGCGAGGUCCCGGCUGGUCCAGGGGUGGGUACCGCAUCAUGCCACCCAUCCUCCAGCACCUGCAGCAGGCCUCCAAGAUGAUGAGCCGCAGAAAAAUCCUGCUGCUGGUGCUAGGGUGCAGCACCUUAAGCCUCCUCAUCCACCAGGGGGCACAGCUCAGCUGGUACCCCAAGCUGUUUCCUCUGAGCUGCCCGCCUCUGCGGGACUCACCGCCCCGCCCCAAGCACAUGACUGUGGCCUUCCUGAAGACGCACAAGACUGCGGGCACGACUGUCCAGAACAUCCUGUUCCGAUUCGCCGAGCGCCACAACCUGACGGUGGCCCUGCCGCACCCGAGCUGCGAGCACCAGUUCUGCUACCCGCGCAACUUCUCGGCACACUUCGUGCACCCAGCCACGCGGCCACCGCACGUGCUAGCCAGCCACCUGCGCUUCGACCGCGCCGAGCUCGAGCGCCUCAUGCCGCCCGGCACCGUCUACGUCACCAUCCUGCGCGAGCCGGCCGCCAUGUUCGAGUCGCUCUUCAGCUACUACAACCAGUACUGCCCGGCCUUCCGGCGCGUGCCCAACGCGUCGCUCGAGGCCUUCCUGCGCGCGCCCGAGGCCUACUACCGCGCGGGCGAGCACUUCGCCAUGUUCGCGCACAACACGCUGGCCUACGACCUGGGCGGCGACAACGAGCGCAGCCCGCGCGAUGACGCCGCCUACCUGGCCGGCCUCAUCCGCCAGGUGGAGGAGGUCUUCUCGCUCGUCAUGAUCGCCGAGUACUUCGACGAGUCGCUGGUACUGCUGCGGCGCCUGCUGGCCUGGGACCUGGACGACGUGCUCUACGCCAAGCUCAACGCGCGCGCCGCCAGCUCGCGCCUCGCCGCCAUCCCCGCGGCGCUCGCGCGGGCCGCGCGCACCUGGAACGCGCUCGACGCGGGCCUCUACGACCACUUCAACGCCACGUUCUGGCGCCGCGUGGCGAGCGCCGGCCGCGCGUGCGUGGAGCGCGAGGCGCGCGAGCUGCGCGAGGCCCGCGAACGCCUGCUGCGGCGCUGCUUCGGCGCGGAGCCCGUGCUGCGGCCCGCCGCGCAGAUCCGCACCAAGCAGCUGCAGCCGUGGCAGCCCAGCCGCAAGGUGGACAUCAUGGGCUACGACCUGCCCAGCGGCGGCGCCGGUCCAGCCACCGAGACCUGCCUCAAGCUGGCCAUGCCCGAGGUGCAGUACUCGAGCUACCUGCUGCGCAAGCAAAAGCGCCGGGGCGGCGUGCGGGCCCGGCCGGAACCGGUCCUGGACAAUCCGCCGCCGCGGCCCAUCCGGGCGCUGCCCCGCGGCCUCCAGGGCCACUGAGCUCUCAGGAGUCUGGAUCCUACCCUGCCCGCCCGGAGUCUUGCCUGGGACUGCCCCCGGGCCAUCCGCCUCAUCGGGGCCUCUUCUGCUCAGUACUUGGGGCCUUGUCUCCCAACCUGAGCCUGCCUCCCUAGGGUGGGUUGAACCCCAUCUUCGUGGUGGGUGCUGAUAGGCCCGAUCGAGCCCCGGGCCACCCUCUUCUCCUUGCUAACUGGUUGGUAACUUUGACAAGAGGUCUGAGGCCUGACCAGAACUGCCCACCCUGCCGCCUUCUGUGGGUUGAGCCCCACCUGUCUUUUUUCAAGUGGGUGAGCCCAGGCCUCAGAGGGAGGCUGAGCCCUGGGAAAGGCCGCUUUGUCAGCUUCCCGGGCUGCUCUUCCUCUCAGGGGUCAGAGACCCCCCCACACACCAUCUGUCUUCCAGGUUCCACCCUCCCCAAAGACCUAAGCUGCUCCCAGACUCCCAGAACCAAGAGUUCUUGGGUUGGGUUUUUUGUUUGGUUGGGUUUUCUUUUUCUUUUUUUCUUUCCUUCU